AUGUCCCAGCCAGAUAUCCAGUGCCUCCACAAUUGCCGCAUCCAAAUGCUACCCCAUCCUUGUUUCACACUCGAACAGUUCAUCGAGGCCAUUUGGUUGGUUCAGUGUGGUCACGUUCCUCCAUUGUCUCCGCAACCAUUUGGUUGGCCCCAUCGACCAGAGGGUGAAGAAUGCGUACUUCACACACAAUCUGGUUCUCACCGGGAUGUGAUGGACAGUCUGGAUGUUAACCCCACAGAUGUUGACACCUCCAUUGAAGACAUUUGGAUUGGUGCCACCAAUGAUGCCACCAACAAUGCCACCAACAAUAUUCUGCCUGGUUCCCAGCCCGAGUAUCAUUCUAAUGAGGGGGAAGAAUUGGAGGCUGCUAAUGCAAGUGCCGAGACGCUCAUCAACAUUGACCCUGCCAGUUGGUUUAAGUGGUUCAUAACUGUUGGUCAUUACGGAGUCGGAUUGUUCAGUGACAUCUAUACUGCAUGUAAACUCUGCUCUGCAGGCACGACAGUGUAUUAUUUUACUAUGCUCCAUGAAGCCCAGGCGCACUUCCAGGAUGUUUUCAAUUGUGUUGCUGCUAGAUCUGGCAUCCGAUCAACCUUCAUGCAUAAGUUGGACGCAGUCAUUGAUCGAUCGGUCCCGGUAACAUUUGUGCUCAACCCGGAUAUGCUCCAUAAUAUUGGUGCACUUGGUACCAAGAAACAAGACUACAGAGCAAGCCAAGUCACGAAAUCGUUGGCAAAGGCAGUCUCAUAUGAGCGAUUACUCCAACACAUUGACACAGAAGGAUGGGAUGUCAUGUCCCCCGAGCUCGAAGAUCUUGCUGCAGAAAGGGAACUCAUCACUCUUAUAGAUUGGAGUGGUAAUGAAGCCUAUGAUGAAAUUAUGUUAGCAGGUUUACUUAGCUGGCAAAUGCCAUCUGAAUGA